UUAUGGAAAAUAUGGCCUUAUUUUCAAUUUCUUUAUAUUCUCUAUUUAUUUUAGCUUUUCUGCAUGUCCAUGGCGUAUGGAGUGAUACUGGCUUUCAGCUGUCUGUUAAGUCUUUAAGCCAAUCACAGAUAAACUGUGCAGCUGGAACUAAUAUCAAUGUAGGUAGCGUCCUGGAGGGAUAUGAAGGUGAUGUAGAGAUUCUCACUAAUAUCGGACCAAAUGAUCGUCUGCUUCUGGAGGCAUAUCUCUUUCCUAUUGGUUUGGAAUUUCUGGAGCUGAUUUAUUCUGAUGGAGAUUCAACCGCUACUGUACGAACCAAAAAACCUCUGGACGCUGAUGAACUAAAGGAGCAUGGAGAGAAAUUAUAUUAUUCAGUCACCUGCUCAGGAGGGGUGCAAAACAUCCGGACGGUAGACGUUCUGGACGUCAAUGACAACCCUCCGAUCUUCCAGAGCAAGUCAUACAGCGCCACAGUGUCAGAGACGACGACUGUGGGUUCAGAUGUGCUCAGGGUGAGGGCUGACGAUGCCGAUGUCUCUCAAGAAAACAACAGAAUUACAUAUUCAAUACUGUCUCCAGUACCAGACGACUUUGAAGUGAGACAGGACGGUAACAUCAGGUUGAAACAACAUCUGAACUACAACAAUGUUCAACAGUACAUCUUCACUGUGGAAGCUAGAGAUAAAGGAGAACUCAGUGACACAACAACAGUUACAAUAACGGUUGAAGACUUUGACAACCUAAACCCUUAUUUUGAUCACAGUCUCUAUGAAGCAUCCAUUGAGGAAAAUCAGGCAGGGCAAUUGUCAGACGUCACUCCUGAGGCCAUAAAAGCUCAAGAUGGCGACACAGGCAUCAACGAGCCUGUCGUUUACAGCAUAACAGCAGGAUAA